AUGCUUCUUAUUCUCGUCUUUGGUCUCAUAUCAACAAUGAUCGUACCAAGUUGUGAAGGUAACAAAUGGAUUGGUACAUUUAAAGAUCCAGGAUCGUGUGAUCUGGUCAAAUGUUGUUGUCCAUCAAGUGACUUGACCAUCGGCAAUACGGGUGCUUCUACUACAGGCAGCUUAGAAGCUACCGGUGGAAAAUGCAAUGCAAAUGAUACUAGACAAUUCACGGUAUCAGAUUUGAACGCUAAUUCAACCGAUCUGGCAUUGGUGGGAGUAUUGUCGUUCGAUACUACGCUUACCAAUUUGGACGUAUCUUUGGUUGAGACGAAAGGCAAUUCUGAUUGCAAAAUAACUAUGAUGCGUCAAGUUACCACAACAACUGGCAUCAACAAUCCUGCUGGUACUACUCCUGUUAAUAAUAAUAGUGCUGCUGGUGGUGGUGCUACUACUACUGGUAAUGCUGAUACUACUACUAAACCUAAACCUAGUAAAGCAUCAUUAAAUCAUGAUACAAAUUUAAUUAAAAUUUUAUCAAUCAUGAUGGCAAUUGUUACCAUUAUACAUGUUUGA